CUAUUCUACUGCCUGAACGCGAUCAUUGUUUAUUCUUCGCGUUUAUUCUUCUUGACUGACGUAAACAUCAAACCAGUUUUUUUGGAUUUUCUUGUUCAAUUUAUUCUUGGUGUAAAUCGGGAAAGUAAACUGCUGUAUCAAACGAACUCUGAUUGGACCGUAAUGUGAAAUAUGUAUUAAUAGAAUAAUUGUUGAAAUAGCAUAACUUUGUACGCGUUUAUAGACGAAGUUUCAUUCGAAAGAAUUACACAAGCUGUUGCUCGAGACAAAGGAUGGAUGACGUUAAUAUCAACAACAUAUGUCUUGUAGAAGAAACAGAAGUGGUCGGAGACGAGCAAGAAUGGAUAAAAUUAAGCUGGAUUAGCGAUCAAAGCGAUAACAAUGGGGAUUUGCAAUCACCAGAAAGUACAGAGAAUAUGGAGAAGAAUAUGGAUGAUGAGGUAGUGCAAACGAAAAAUUAUGAUAAAGGAUCUUAUACAAAUAUAGAACCAGAGGAUAUAUCUGAUGGUAUAUCUGUGAUAACGGAAAGUGACACAGAUGUUAUUAAUACGAAUUCCUCUGAAGUAUGUCAGUUUAAUUCUAAGCCAUAUAAGUCCUUGCAAAUGGUAGAAGCACAGAGAAAUAAAUGGAACAUUUCUUACUUAGAACUUAAUACUUUUGUUCUUGGUUUAAUUCUGGGUUUGAUGCUUGGUUACUUUUUCAUGAUUCCUGAAACUUGUCCAAUCUCAAAUACAAUCAAUACCAAAAAUCUUGAGAUUGCGAGUCAUAAUAUUGUUAAUACUUGUAAGGGAUUGAAGGAAGUGAAAAGUAUAUUGAAUGAAAUUAAAGCAUAUAUCCCACUGGAUAAGAAAAUUACAAAGCAAUUCUUAGAAAUUACUAAUUCUUCUAAUGAAACAAAUGAAACAAAACCUAUCGUGAUUAUUAAGGAAUCAUUUAAUUUUACUGUAUAUCCACUGGAUCAACUUCAAGAAUCUCUAUAUAUACUGUCAUCAUUAACAAUUUACGAUGAUGGUAAUAGUUCUUUGAAAAAUGAAAUAAACAAGACAUUGAAUAUUAUGAAUAAUGUCAAAGAAUUUUAUGAUAAAUUAAAAUUAAUGAAUAAUAAUACAGAAGAUAUAUCCAAUUCCAUUGUCUUAAAUUUCUUGCAACAUGAUAGUGAAAACAUACGUAAUAUUUCUAAAUCUCUUCUUUCUAAUUUAAUAGAAAAAGCGAGCAAAGUAACAUCAAAGAUAUAUAAUAAAUAUAAUAAAGAGAGAUAUAAAUUGAAUAAAAAAAUGUGUCAUUUAAAAAACAUAUUAGCUGAUGAUAAAAUUUUAAAACAAUUGACUGAGAGUAAUCAGCUUUUUAAAGAUUAUAAUACAUCUUGUUUCUCAAAUUAUAUGUCAGAAAAUUUUGAUGGUAAAGCAACUAUAAAAAAAAAUACAAAAACAAAUGACAUAAAGAAACAGAUCGGAAAAACUGAUGACUCAACAAUGCAUACAAAGUAUAAUAAAGAUAUCCAUAAAAUUUAUGAUAAUAGACAUAAUUCUUUUAAAAAUAAAGAUAAGCAAAAUAAAUUUACAUUUAAUAUGGACAGGUUUUUACAAAACGCCAAUAAUAAGAUAUACAAUACUUCUCAGUUUUUUCUCUCUAAGAUAGCAGAAAAAAUAAACAUCUUAAAGUAUGAAUUAAAUAAAAAAGUACAUAAUUUGAAAGAUAUGCUAUCUGACUGUAAUAAGUUCUUAGAACAAUUGAUUGAGGAUAAUAAAGAAGAAAAAAUUUCAGUUAAACAUCGUAAAGGAAAAAGUGAUUACUUACAAUCAACAGUAUUAUCAGAAAAUGACAUAUCGAAGGAUAAUUUUGAUAUUUUAACACAGUUGAAAAAUAUGUUUCCCCUUUCAAGCAACUAUUGUUCACAAUUUAAUAUCAAUAUGACCACACUUGACACCGCAUCAAAUUAUAAAAAAAAGAAUUAUAAACAUAAAAAACGUGAUACAACUAGUAAAAAGGCUGCAUCAAAUCAUGCAAAUUCUGCACAAAUAUUACUUGCAGAAGAAAAAAAUAGACCAAAGAAAAAAGAUUAUUCUAAAUCGAACGGUUCUACCAAAAAGGUUUUUGACGAUAAAGUAAAUAAUGAAAAGAAACAUGUAUCUUCUCAUAUUAAAAUGAAGAAUCCUGUAUCAAAGGACACUGUUAAUUACCAAAAAUCUAAACAUUCUUCAUUUGAUAGCCGCAAGAUUUUGAAACAAAACGAUCAGUUUUAUAUGUAUACAGACCGAAAAAGCGAUGUCGAAAAAUCUCAUGAAGAUAAAAAGCAACGGCAUGGUGCAUCGGAUUGGUACUUUCAACGAGUUUAUUCGCGUAGAAAUGCACGAAGACGUGCAAAAUAUCAAUAUAUAACAAUAGGAUAUCGUCGAUAAAAUGUGAAAUACUGGUGCAAAUGUAUACGAAUUUAUAAUUAUACAAAACAUCUUUGCACACAGCUCUUACAUGAGGUAUUCCAUAUAGCAUAGUUGAUGCAUAUUUUUAAAUAUCUUUUGUAUAUCCAACUCAUCGAACAUCAAG